AUGUUGGCCGCAUUUCAGGUGAAGGCAGCCUUGGGGCGCGGCGACCCUGCUGUGUUCGAUGACCAGUACUGCCCUGCGGAAUACAUCGGACACUUUCGGAGCUACUACAUGAUGACUUCGGUUUUUGUGUGCCAGCUGCUACAAUGGACAACAUCCAAGCAGAGAUAUCUGGAGGAUCAAGUCAGAACAGCACAGAUGUUUUGCGAUAUGAUCGAUCACCCGCUCCUUUGGCGUCGGUGCGAGCAGGUUUCGGUUCAGAUGCGACAGGAUGUGAGGUUGACCUUCCAAGAAGGCAAGUUGGUCGAACUUCCGGCCGAUGUCACGCAGCUGGACUGGUGGCAGUCCUUUCGUGACUGGUGGCAUGCGACAGCAGAGGUCGAGUCUGCUUCUGCCGGCACCCUUGUCGCUGGAUUUCUGUUAUGCAGAGAGCCGCCAGAAGCGCGAGAGUGUGGAGCUCGAAUGCUCGUUGAGUUUGCUGAGAAACUGAUUUCACCGUCGCUGCGCACUGUUGGUGAGAAUGCAGAUCUGUCUGAGUCCAGCCGGGUCACAGAUGGUCCUCCAAGAACCCGUGUCACGGUGGAUCUUGCAGCCGCCGAAUGGGCGAAGGCCUAA